AUAUAUAACUUAAUUAUUAUUUUCAAACAUUAUCGACUGUUGUUGUUGGUAAAUGGCAGACACGAUCACCCACGAUCUAACCGAAACCUUACAACUGACCAACAACAAUGGAUAUGAUCAGUACCUUAAAGAAGACGAUGCAGACGAAACCAAUUUCAUUUACAUCAUCAACGCAAUCCUCAGUGGAACCGCAAGGCUCAAUGUCCUUUUACCCACAGCAACCAUUCUCGGUUUCACCAUUUUCGCUCCCCUCUUAAGCAAUGACGGCCAAUGCACCACCCUCAACAGAUGGCUGUUGGGUUGUUUUUUAAUGUUCUUAGCAGCGUCUUGUGUGUUCUUUACGUUCACGGACAGCUUUAGAACAGCCAAAGGAAGGUUGUAUUAUGGGGUAGCGACGUCGAGUGGGAUUUGGACGUUCAAUGCUGGAAGGAAGAAACCUUGUGUGCCAUUGGAUUAUAGGCUGAGGUGGUGUGAUUUGUUCCAUGCAGUGCUGUCUUUGGUUGCGUUUUUGGCGUUUGCAGGGUCACAUGGCGAUGUUGUGGCGUGCUAUUAUCCGGGGAUUCCGAGAAAAGUGACCAACACUGUUCCACUUGUGAUUGGGUUUGUUGUGAGUGUUUUGUUUGUGGUAUUUCCUUCGAGGAGAAGGGGAAUUGGGUAUCCAUUCUUGUUGCAGGGUGAAGGUAGGAGCUCUAGAUUUUGAAACAUAUAUACUUCAUAUAUUUGUAUUUAUGUAAGAAUGCAUAGUUGUUCCACUCUGCAUUGGUAAAAGUAUUAUUGCCAAUGAAAAAUUACGUGCGCUAAAAAGUAUUAUCCUCUUAUUAUGAGUUUGAGAGAGAUUACGGAUAAAUCUAAAUAUUAUGUAAAAAAAAACAGAUAUGUUCAUUAGUUAGGAUCAUUUCUUAUUUUUUUCUUUU